GCCCAAGUCCAGUCGGUGCAGGCGCAAAUAGAAGCGCUUGAAGAAGAUGACUGUACAUGUAGUGUCGCUGAGUGUCCGACAGGAUAUACCUGUUGCUGUGAAACUGGAAACCUUAAAGAGGAAUGCAGCAGCACACUCUUCUACGAGCCGGUUUGUCCGCAAGGGUAAGAUUUUUUAGUGUUAUACGAUCCCGUUUCAUGAUGUCCGAAACUUGCAGGGUAAGAUUUAAUAGUAAUUAAAUAGGAUUCACCUGAUUCUGCUUCAUGAUGUUCAUAAUGAAUGAAUAAUGUAGUUUCGAAGCCAAAGGUAUUCACAAGAAUUAGAAUUGUACUACCUUUACCUUUUCCAGGUGGUGGAAGUGCUGCUAUUCAUGCGCGUGUAGUACUUGCGUUCGAGAAAGUUUCAAGGAUGAGUUGCGACUUAGCUAUCGUGGUGUCAUGGAGUGCCUGCCUUGCCGUCGUGGCGAUUACUGCAGCGGGUAUUAUCUUUUCUACUUCGAUUUUUUCUUCAGACAGACACAACAGAAGUAGAAGGCUUCAGUCCAAAAGUACAUUUUCUAUUGAAGCUGUACCUUCAGACCUACUAGAAACAGAAGACUUCUUAGAUUUCAAUCUAAACGGACAUUUUCCACUGUCUAGCUCUACGUCGUGGGUACCCUUAAUCUGAUGGACCCUUAUAAUAAAACCCGAUCAUGAUAGUUUCUUUUACAACAUUCCAUCAGGAGGUGUGAUUUCUUCCAGCCUUGCGAGGAAGGCUGGGUAAUUUUUUUCCUUUUGAUCUCAGGGGUGAUUUCUUCCAGCCUUGCGAGCAAGAAGUGAGGCGUGGGCCAGGUGGGGUACAGUAUCGCGUGCCACGGAUAUCGGAUCCAGAGGCUGUAAUAAUGACUCUUUUUAGUAGUUGAAUACAUCCUCGUAGAAAAGUCCCUUGAGAUGGAUCAGAUUUUGAAUUCUCUUUUACGCAGUAUUCAGACUACUAUUUUAGGAUCGCUUACAGCAUUAAUCUCCCUUUUAUUCAAUGAUACACGAGACUAGAUUGGUCCUCCACCGAAGCUGUUUCGAUUUUGUAACCCUAGGUUUUUCCACGUGACUGCCAACGAUGCCCGGAUGGAUACGAACCGGACUUGUGUUAUGCCAGGUGA